ACUCGCGAAAAGUCUAAUGUUCAGACACCGUUAAGAGCUUCCUCAAACAUCAGACGGUAUUACUAUUUUUUUGCUGGCAGUGAACUGGCUAGUCCUGCAUCUUUCCCUUGAACUACCUAGCUUCCGAAGGUCCCAUGUCACAGCUCCAAUAGCUUGCGAGUAGCUCUUCCACCUCUUCCUCUUUAGUUUCAUGUUUCAAGCGCUUUAGUCUCACCGUUCCGAAGUCCGAAUCCACUUAUCUUAUCAAACCUAACCACACAUCCAAAGUAGAACAACUUAUCAGAUCCACACCGAUUAACAUGUGUCUGAGGUUCAACACCGCAUGUACUGCCAUCAACAACUUCAAUUGCAUCUCACAAUGGACACACUCAUUCAUUUUCCACCAUGACUUCUCCCGAGGGUCUGUUUCCAUCGACAUCCAUCCCAAAGAAAACCGCCGAACAUUUCUCCUUGACACCAUGGUGUAAACCAAUUCUCGAAGACCACUCUCUGCACCCCUUUCUACCCUCGUCGCGACUCCUCAAGGAGCAUAAUUGUGAUACGUUGACGGCCAUUACCCUUCAGACACCAGACACUAUCUCGCAUUCUCAAUUCUUCUACUCUCCAUCCGACUCCUCGCGUUCGUUUGGCGAGGUUCUGGCAUUGUUGAGUUUGGGUACGCAUGUCAAUGGCCAUAUUGAUACUGCGCACGGCGGAUUCACGGGGGUGAUCUUAGAUGAUAUGAUAGGUUGUGCAGCGUUAAUCGCCAAGCCAAGGGAUAAAACUAUCAUGACGGCGUAUUUACACAUUACGUAUAAAAACCCAAUCCCGACACCAGGGGUUGUGUUGGGGAGAAGUUGGGUGGACAAGCAAACGGGAAGGAAGAUAUUUGGGAAAGCCACGAUCGAGGAUGGGAAUGGAUUGGUGCUGGCUAUUGGGGAAGCUUUGUUUAUUACAAUGGAUAGGACAAAGCUGAGAGAAAAGCUGUGAACGUUUCUGUCUUCACGUCACCAGCUACAAUUCGACUCCAUACUGGUGAUUCGAGGAUUCAACAUUCAUCAGGUCUAGAGGUAUACGACAUUUGAUACGGAGUAAGUAUGAAUGGUAUGCAGCAUUUGGACAAGUCGGGAACAGGGUAGUGUUCGAUGGUUGCGAUGAGAGAUUUUGUAUAGAAUAACUAGCCGCA